UCCACAAUAAUUAUAAUUUUCUCAAUUUGUAAGUGUACGCACGUGAAUUUAUAAUUUUUCAAAGUUUUUAUUUGACAGUAAUUUAUUUAUUUGAGAACAUAGUCAUUAAAUAUUUAAACAACAAUGGCAGAUUUCUUUAAUAAUAAUAGUGAUAGUUUUGACUUGGGUUCCUCGUCUGGUACCGGUACUACCGACAAAUUGAAAGCCGAUGAAAUACAAAAAGUUAUAAUGAUGGAACAACAGAAAGCACAAUUAAAUGCUCAAAUACAAGAGAUCAGUGAAAUGUGUUGGGAAAAGUGUGUGGAUAAACCAUCAGCAAAGCUUGGUGCAAAAACAGAAGCGUGCCUUUCAAACUGUGUUAAAAGAUUUUUCGACUCUUCAGUUAUUAUUGCACAUAGAUUCAAUCAGUUGAUCCAAAGGUCCAACACUGGUUAGCCAAAUACCUACGUUUUUGUGUUUUAUUCUUUAUUAUAAUGUUAAUUCUGUAGUAAUUGAAUGAGAACUUUUCAAUAUAAAUCAAGUAAUAUAAAUUGUUUUUCAUAGUUCUGUAUUGAUUGUACAUACCUAUAGUUUGAGUGAAAUUUGCUUGUUAUAAUAUUAUUAAUGUUCUAUAUUGUUCAAAAUAAAAUAAAAUAUAGUUCAUAAUAUUAUUCGUUAGAAA